GGGCAAGCCGCCGCCAUUUUGGGUUCCGUGUGGAGCAGCUUCCGCUGCCGUGAAAUAAACAAGGGGGCGGAGGGAGCGAAAGGACGGAGUCGGAGUCGCCGCGGGACGCCUGUGCGGCGGGGCGACGCUGCUUGCCAGAGCCGCUGAUGUGGUGGGCGCGGAGGCGCCAGUGUGGCCCGGGCCCGGGUUAGCGUGAAACGCAGCAGGGAGGAGCCGCCGCCAGUCUGCAGGAAGAAUGGCCUUGUUUUCCUUAAUGGCAUCCUCUUUGGCUUUGGAUCUUUUUUGUGGAUAAAUUUUUUUUUAAUUAAUUUAUUGUUGGAACUGGUCUCCAUUUUGCAGCCUACACUUGAUUAAGAUAUCAGGACUUUAAAUUCAAGUGUACACUUGUGGCUGGAAAAUAGAGAAUCAGAGCACCAUCAGCCCUCCAAAUGAAACGAGGAAGAAAAAGUAGCGAGACUAACAAUAGUUCAUCAGAGGAAGAGAUUGGAGGAGAAUCUAAGAAACAAAAGAUUGCAGAUGAAGAAUCCACUGAAAUCUCUCUGAGUCCUGAUUGGGGUAACCUCCUUCCAGACAUUAUCCUGCAGGUGUUUCAGUACUUGCCUCUUCUUGAUCGUGCUCAUGCAUCACAAGUCUGCCGAAGAUGGAAUCAGGUGUUUCAUAUGCCUGAUCUCUGGAGAUGUUUUGAGUUUGAACUGAAUCAACCAGCUACAUCUUAUUUGAGGGCUACGCAUCCUGAGCUUAUCAAUCAGAUUAUUAAAAGGCAUUCCAAUCAUCUACAGUAUGUUAGCUUCAAGGUGGACAGCAGCAAGGAAUCAGCAGAAGCAGCUUGUGAUAUUUUAUCACAACUUGUGAAUUGCUCUUUAAAAACUCUUGGACUGAUUUCAACCGCUCGACCAAGCUUCAUGGAUUUACCUAAGGUAUCACAUUUUAUCUCUGCACUGACAGUGGUGUUUGUAAACUCCAAAUCCCUCUCUUCACUUAAAAUAGAUGAUACACCAGUAGAUGAUCCAUCCCUCAAAGUACUAGUGGCUAACAACUGUGAUACACUCAAGCUGUUAAAAAUGAGCAGUUGUCCUCAUGUUUCUCCUGCAGGUAUCCUUUGUGUGGCUGACCAUUGUCAUGGUUUACGUGAGUUGGCACUGAACUACCAUCUCUUGAGUGAUGAGCUUCUGCUUGCUUUGUCUUCUGAGAAACAUGUCAGAUUAGAACAUUUGCGCAUUGAUGUAGUCAGUGAGAAUCCUGGACAGACUCAUUUCCACACAAUUCAGAAGAGCAGCUGGGAUGCUUUCAUCAAGCAUUCUCCCAAAGUAAACUUAGUCAUGUACUUUUUCUUAUACGAAGAGGAGUUUGACCCAUUCUUCCGUUAUGAAACCCCUGUCACCCACCUUUACUUUGGGAGGUCAGUAAGCAAAGAUGUACUUGGUCGUGUUGGAAUGUCAUGUCCUCGAUUAGUUGAACUGGUUGUGUGCGCCAAUGGAUUACGGCCACUAGAUGAAGAGCUUAUUCGUAUUGCAGAACGCUGUAAGAAUCUGUCAGCUAUUGGCUUAGGGGAGUGUGAAGUCUCGUGCAGUGCCUUUGUUGAGUUUGUGAAGAUGUGUGGUGGCCGCCUCUCUCAGCUGUCUAUAAUGGAAGAAGUCUUGAUUCCUGAUCAGAAGUACAGCUUGGAGCAGAUUCAUUGGGAAGUGUCAAAGCAUCUUGGUAGAGUCUGGUUCCCAGACAUGAUGCCCACAUGGUAAAGUCCUUAAAGACUUCAGGGCAUGUGAAAUAGCACCUUACAUUUGAGAAUACCAUAUUGCAACUUAUCACAAGCUUAUUUAAUAUUAUAAUUUGUAUUGUAAUGUCACUGCUUUGAUUAGAAAAUUGAUGCCAUGUUUAGCACUAAUUUCUGAAAUCCACAUUUUCUAUGCUUAAAUCUGGAUAUUCCAGAAACCACUUUCAUUCUAAUAAAAUUAGUCUGUUUUAGGUUUUCUCACUUUGCCAUUGACAAUGACCCUAAAUUUAUGUAAAUAAUAAAAUUUGAAAACCUUGACAUAUUUAAAAAUUGUGGUUGCAAAAUAUUAGCUCCGAAUUACAAUAUUUUAUCUGUUACUUUGAUAUAGAUAUUAAUAGUGAACAGACUGAUUUGUAUUGACUUACAAAGGGAGGUGAGAUUGAAUGCUUUUACUGCAGACUAUAGCAGUUACCUAGUGUUUAAAUGACAUGAACUGCCUGAACUACAGAAUUUUAAGAUUACAUGGAGCAUUUAGUAGGCUAUGAAACUCAUACAUUACAUAGUAGUAAAUUAAGAGGCAAGACAACAGAAGUAUUGUUUAGAAACUUUAAAAAUAUUAAAUUAGCUAUUUAUUUAAUUUCUGAUUAGUAAUUUGCACACAAUGUAUUUUAUAGAUGAGGGUUACCAAAAGCUUUUUUUCCUAUAUUCAUUUUUCUACUGUAAACUUGACAUUUCUAGGGUCUUCAGAGCCAUUUCUAAACUUGUUUUAAAAUAUUAAUUAUAGCUCAGAAAGCUGAAGCAUUCUGGAAGAAAUUGUAGAUGUACUAUAUUUUGACACUGGUUGGAAUUGACGGGCUUUUCUCAAAAGUUAAAACCAGCCUUACAGCAUUUGAUUAGCUGGAGUACUGUAUAUAUGUCUAGAUAAGAGGAAGCUAAAAAUGUGCAGAGAAAUGUUGAAUGUAAUAAUGGCUGUUUAAGUAAAGAAAAUAGAGCAGAGAGAACACUGAACUUUUUAAAAGGAGUCUAAGGAGCCAUCUGACCAAAAAAAAAAUCAUAGAAGACCCAUUAACUGCUUGCAAAUUUAAGAGAAAAAUGGCUUUGUAACUAAAUUGCCUAAACUAUAUAAAUU